AUUAAAGCGGAGCGGAGGGGGCGGGGAGGCCAGUUCAGCACCAAGCUCACCGCGGACAGAGCUCUCUGGCACCGGGACCCUGCGACGCCCCCCGACCGCCACCGAUAGAGUGCCCCCCAGCUCGCCCAUCACUGCCCAGAGCCGCUGGGAGGGGCCCGGGGGUGAGGACCACCGUGCCAGCCUUACUGCUAACUCAGUGAGUGGGCAUCACCCCUGGCACACUCCGACACAGCCCAGCCGGCCAGGACUGCCACUCCCAGCACUCUCAGACACACGGACACCUGGACAGCCCUAGGUGGCUUUUGUUUGUAAGUGUCAUGAUAAGGAAUUCUCUUUCCUCUGAAAGAUCAAAUGAGUCAUCUGACUAACAAGCCUGCCAUUAGACUACGUGCAGCAAAACUCUUCCCUUUUUGCCACUGAUAUCUCAAGAUGACGGAAAGCGGAGACUGCCGAUUCAGCAAUCUCACCUGGGAUCAAAUAACCAUCCUGGAUCAGGUACUGACAGAAGUUAUACCCAUUCAUGGCAGAGGAAACUUUCCUACCAUGGAAGUACAACCAAAGGAUAUAAUUCGUCUUGUGAAAGAACAACUCCUUGAAAAGAAAAUCACCGUACGUGACAUUCGCUUAAAUGGUUCCACCGCAAGUCACAUUUUAAUAAAACAAACUGGCACCAGCUGUAAAGAUCUGGACAUAAUCUUUGGCGUGGAGCUUCCUGGGGAACAUGAGUUUCAGACUGUUAAAGAAAUCGUUUUGGAUUGUCUUCUGGAUUUUUUACCGAAGUGUGUCAACAAGGAGAAGAUCACUGCUUUGACUAUGAAGGAGGCAUAUAUCCAAAAGAUGGUGAAGGUUUCUACGGACCAUGAUCGUUGGAGUUUAAUCUCUUUGUCAAACAAUAGUGGGAAAAACGUGGAACUCAAAUUUGUCAACUCUCUGAGAAGGCAAUUUGAGUUCAGUGUAGACUCUUUCCAGAUCAUACUGGACUCAAUGCUAAAUGUUUACACAGACAAAGAAAGGACAUUGUCUCCCGAAUCACACCCUACAGUUAUUGCAGAGAGCAUGUAUGGAGAUUUUAAGGAAGCGAUGGAGCAUUUGAAAUAUAAGUUGAUUGCCACCAGAAAUCCUGAAGAGAUACGGGGAGGAGGGCUUCUGAAAUACAGCAACUUAUUGGUCCGUGACUAUAAACCUGCUAGCGAGAAGGAAAUCAAAUCUUUGGAGCGUUACAUGUGCUCCCGAUUUUUCAUUGACUUCCCAGAUGUGGCUGAGCAACAGAGAAAGAUUGAAUCAUACCUCCGCAGUCAUUUCAUCGGAGAAGAGAAAAGCAAAUAUGAUUAUUUGAUAACUUUGCAUGCGGUGGUCAACGAGAGCACUGUCUGCCUCAUGGGUCACGAGAGGAGACAAACUCUUAAUAUGAUUGCUGUGCUGGCUCUAAAAGUUCUUGGGGAGCAGAAUAUUAUUCCAAACACAGCUAAUGUUACAUGCUAUUAUCAGCCCGCUACUUACAUAAGCGACAGGAAUUUCAGUAAUUAUUACACAGUUCAAGGACAGCCUUCCAUAUUCUACCAGCCUUACCAGCUUUAUGUUCACGCGGAAUGGGCUGGUCUAGUGGUACACAAGCUAGCACCAUUAAAAUAAAGGAAUUUGGCGCAAAGAAAUGGAAAUCUGCAUCGUGAAAUGACUGUUUGUUGUGCAAAAUGACACUUUGAGUAAAUACUUAAGUAUUCAUUGAAGGGGCUACAAAAUCCCCUUUUAAAACAUAUCCAUGGGUUUCUUUAUGUUGGAAUAGCAUCAGGAUAAGUUACAGAGGACAUAGAUAUAUGGAGUUAUGUAUGAAGGGGUAUUGAGAAGUCAAAUUCUGAAUGUUGAACAGUCACCAUGGAAACCAACAAAAUGUUCCUACUGACUGUUUCACUUUUAGAACAUUGCACUUUUUGUAAACUCCAUGAGAGUUAUGUAUAAAAGUGGGGCAGUCACCAUGGAAACCAGUGAAACCAGCAGACACAUUCCAUCUGUGACUCUGCCCCUUUUCCAUGUUUGCACCAAUUUUCAGAAAAUAGAUUUUUUAAAUACAUAACCCCCAUAUGUGUCAGAUAUCUGUUAUGUCCAUUGCUAUAAAAAGUUUGUUGGGAGGGGGGGAGAGCAAGUGUCUGAAAACUAUUUAAAUAUAUGAAAUAUUUCUUAGCACCAUUUACGGUUAUGAACUAAAAAAAAGUUAUAUGAUUAUAAGUAUUUUUUUCUUACAUGUCUGAAAAUUUUAUUUUUUUUCCUGUCUUUUCUUAAAAAAAAAGAAACAAAAAAAAAAGAGAGAGAUGGUCCAAGUCUUUACAUUUCUUAACAGAAAAUAAUAUAUUGAGGAUAUGAUUACUUCUUUGUAGAUUCGAUACCUUGUCCUGGCUGGGUUUAUUGAAUAGGUGACAUUCUAAGUAUGAAGAUUUGUUCAAAAACUUUGCAUUCCGUGGUGUCUCAUCUGUGGUUAAAGAAAAUGUGAUCUGGAUUUUCAGAAUUUUACAUCGUUUUUUUUUUUACAUGUUUCAUGGAAUGCUUUGAAGUGGAAAUGCCCUUUUAAGUCUGCUAAUGCCAUCAUGAUUGACCAUUAGAGGGUCUGUAAUGCCUGGGCUCUAAACUGGCAACAUACAGUCAUGUGUUACUUACCUGUACUACAUUCUGAUUUUCUCUGCAUUUACAAAGAGCAGCAGGAAUACACCCAAUCAGGUUAUGAUCAGAAUACAAAUAAUGUUCAAGAGUUACUCCAAGCAUCAUAACCACUACAGCCCGCUGUAGCGUUUAUGAUGUCAGAAGUACCCUUGUCCAGUCCCCCAGUAAUAGGGCAAACCAUUUAGCAAUAGUUUGUUCCCUUACCCGGGUACCCGCCAGGCUACAGUGCUCCCUGAUGGUCGGGUGAUGUGUUCCAGCUUCUGCAGAAACGCAAAAGCCAGAAACCACGAAACCUGACGCAAUAAAUUGGCUGAGAGCAUCAUCUGACCACUUUCAGCCAAUGACUGACAAUCUGUGUGAUGAAAGAUGCACAGAAUUGAUAUUAGUCUGGAACUCAAGUUCCAGGCUAACUGAUAACAUUACAAUGAGCAAUACAGAAGUAUAUAUAUAACACAUGUGCUCACCAAUAGUCGGUAAACGUAUAUAAAAUAAAAUUACCCUUAGGGAUACAAUAGAUUGUAAGAAGAUCCCUCAAGUCUUCUUAAUAGAAAUAUAAGAAAAACAAUCUAAAAAAACAAAAAAAAACAAAUAAUAGUGUGGUAUAUAAAGACACCAAAUUUGGUUUACAUUACAAUGAUACUGCAGCAAAGGGGCUAACCUCCAUAGGGGAAACUCUGCACAUACAGACUCCAGACACAAUGACCACUUCAGAUCACUGAAGUAAUCAUGGCGCAUGGAGUAACCAUUUAAGAGGCCAGAAAAUGGCACUACUGAGAAUGAUAAUUUUCGUAUAAGAGCAACUUAGGCUAAAGCAUUACUGACCUUUUAACAUAACCUGUUGGAAGGGUGGCUACAAAGAGGCAUAAUGACCCUAUUAGCAGUGUAAAAACUAUAAAGACCUACAAUGAACUAGUUUAUUGCUCAGCCCUCUUCUACUUGUGGGGUAAAUAGCGUCAUCAUGUUCACUGAAAUAGUCCAUAUCAAAGCUAACGUUUUUUGAGUGUUCUUUUGUUCAUUGUUAUUCUGUGGACAUGGUGUCAAUGAAAAAUGUCGACUUAUCCUGAAAAACUGUGAUGUAGGAAUACAUUAGGGGAUAAACUCAUUAAACAGUGACUUGUGGUGCUUUGACAAAAGAGUUGCAUGCUUGUCAUCAGCACACACAGCAAACAUACACUUAUAAAUAUUUGAGUGGUAUUUAAAGUAGUACUGUCUCUUGGUGGGACUCUGCAUUCAUCAAAACCCCCACCACCAUUCUGAGACAUGCCCGCUGCAUUUUGGUGUCUCCAUCUUUUCAACCUCUGACAGAUUAGGCAUGUGUAAGUGUUCAAAGAGACCACAUAGAUAAUAUAGGAGUGAUUAUAUAAACAUAGACGGGUGGAUGUUAAAGGGACACUAUAGUCACCACGACCACUACAGUUUAAUUUAGUUGUUCUGGUGUCUACAGUCUGUCCCUACAGGAUUUUCUAUGUAAACUGCCUAGUAAUACCUCUAGUUGCAGUUACUCAUACGGCCACUAGAGGUGCUUCCUAGUACAG